UGCUAAGCCGCAGGCAAAGAAGCAAAAUAAAGAAAUGGGAAGCGGGAAACCAGAAAGACACUCAAAGACAAAGGAGAAGAAGGGGUUAUCUCUCAGAAACCCUAGUAAAAAAAUUAACUUAAAGAAGAAAACGGGUAUCAACAAGAAGACCGACCAAUCCAAAAACGAAGAAAACCAGAACAAGAGCGAGGCUUCUACCCCAGCUUCAGCUUCCCAGCAGCUUAGUUUUUUCAUAAACGAGUUUCAAUCUGCCAAUGGGGUUCAGCUUUCAUCUAUUGAGCUCGAAUCAAUUAAGGAGACCUGCUUUGUUGAGUUAUCUCAAGAAUCGGGUCAAGAUGUUAUGGCCUUAGGGAGCCACAUGAAGGUGGCUUUUGGCCCAUCUUGGAAACAAGUUCUUUGUGAAGGGAAGUUGGUGGAAGGCAUUAUCGAUCCAGGGAGUCCUGCUGUUCUUAUUAUUUCUACAUCUGCCUUGAGAUCUCUAGAACUUCUAAGGGGUGUGCGCUCUUUGACGAAAGAAUGUCAUGCUGCGAAGCUAUUCUCCAAGCAUAUGAAGGUCGAGGAACAGGUAGCCAUGCUGAAGAAUCGUGUAAAUUUUGCUAGCGGCACACCAAGUAGGGUAAAGAAGUUGAUCGACAUUGAGGCAUUGGGGCUUUCACGGUUAACAAUGAUUGUACUUGACAUGCACGCAGAUGUCAAGGGUUAUUCAUUGUUUACCCUUCCGCAAGUCAGAGACGAGUUCUGGGACUUGUAUAAAGAUUUCUUCCAUCAACGACUAUUGCAAGGCCAUCUACGCAUCUGUCUAUUUGGUCCUCAAGCGCAAACGGUAAGGAGUUCAAGGGUAGAAAAGAAGAGUCCCUAAUGAACAAGUAGAAGAACCUCAGUUGCAAAUUUUGAGCUGUGUAUUAUUUUAAACUCUACUGGAUCUCCAGUCUCUUCCAUGAAAUGUUAUACCAGCUUUAUCUUCUCA